CCCCAGCUUCCGUCGUUCCUGGCUCGGAACUGAAGUGUAUCUCUAGCUGAUGUUUAAUAAAUCUCACGAUGGUGGCUGAAACCUUAGGCCUAGAAAGUUCUUCAAUAUGGGUGCUGGCACUGUUGGGAACUUUUACAGUAACUGUUCUUGGGCUGGUGCACAAACUAGGACUGAUUUAUCAAUUCUGGCAUCAGGUGGACCCUAAAAGUACCCGGCACGGUGGGGAGAUAGUGGCAGAGGUGCUGAAAGCUCAUGGUGUGCGCUACUUAUUCACGCUGGUGGGUGGACACAUCUCCCCCAUUUUGGUGGCUAGUGAGAAAUUGGGCAUUCGUGUUGUGGACACAAGGCAUGAAGUGACUGCUGUAUUUGCAGCAGAUGCAGUGGCCAGGCUCUCAGGAACAGUGGGAGUUGCUGCAGUGACAGCAGGACCUGGAGUAACAAAUACUGUGACAGCUAUGAAAAAUGCCCAAAUGGCAGAAUCUCCCGUGUUGUUGAUUGGAGGGGCAACAGGCACAUUGCAAAAGGGCCGAGGAGCUCUCCAAGAUAUUGAUCAAUUAUCUCUAUUCAAGCCACUCUGCAAAUUCUGUGCUUCAGUGAACACUGUCAAAGAUAUUGCUCCUGUGCUGCGAAAAGCAAUUGCAGUUGCCCAAUGUAACACUCCAGGCCCUGUGUUUGUGGAGUUUCCUUUGGAUAUUCUGUAUCCUUAUUAUUUGGUUGAGAGAGAGAUACUUAGGAAUGUUUUUCCCAAGAGCCUGAAAGGAAAGGUCGUGAACUGGUUUCUGCACAAUUAUUUGAGAAACCUGUUUGCUGGAGCUUGGGAAGCACAAGACCUUUCACCUCUACCAGUGAACAUGCCAGAAGCCACAGAAGCACAGGUGCAGCAAUGUGUGGAGCUGAUCAGCAGGGCUAGGAAGCCAGUCAUACUACUUGGCAGUCAAGUGACCCUCCCUCCAAUUCCAGCAAUCAAGCUUAGAGAAGCUUUAGAAGAACUGGGGAUUCCAUGUUUCCUGGGAGGCAUGGCCCGUGGCAUGCUGGGAAAGAACAGUCCAUUGCAUAUUCGUCAAAACCGGCGUGAGACUCUCAAGGAGGCAGAUCUGGUUAUUCUGGCAGGCACAGUCUGUGAUUUUCGCCUGUUAUAUGGGCGUGCCUUGAGCAAGUACAGCAAAAUCAUUGCUGUUAACAGAAAUCGGGAGCAACUGUUUAAAAAUGCAGAUUUUCACUGGACACCGAAUAUAGCCAUAAAAGGGGAUGCUGCAUUGUUCCUUGUGUACUUAAACCAAAAGCUGAAAGGCUACUCAUGUCCUCAGGAUUGGGUAAUGAGUUUGAAGGAGGCUGAUCAGAAGAAGGAGAAAACAAACAGAGAGAAGGCAGAAGAACGGACAGAGCAGCAUCUUAACCCACUGAAGCUCUUGCAUCAUGUAGAUUACUUGCUUCCUGAAGACAGUGUACUAGUUGCAGAUGGAGGUGAUUUUGUAGCAAGUGCUGCCUAUAUUAUAAAGCCAAGGGGACCACUAUCUUGGCUAGAUCCAGGGGCUUUUGGAACUUUGGGAGUUGGGGGUGGAUUUGCCUUAGGAGCCAAGCUCUGCAGGCCUGACUCAGAGGUGUGGAUCUUAUAUGGAGAUGGCUCUCUUGGAUUCAGCAUCAUGGAAUUUGAUACUUUUGUGCGACACAGGGUAACUAUCAGCUUGCCCAGUUUCUAG